AUGGCCGCCGUCACUAAGCCCUUGAUUUUGAUAACUGGUGCAAACCAGGGCUUGGGAUUCGCGACUGCACAACAGUUGGCUACCACUGGCCAAUACAAUCUCCUCAUCGGCGCCCGCUCCCAAGAAAAAGCCGAAGAAGCAAUCAAGCAACUGCAAGAGUCUAGCAUCGAUAGCUCUUUGACGCCUAUCAUUAUCGAUCUCGACCAAGACGAAUCUAUCACUGCCGCAGCCAAGUUUGUCCAAGACCGUUUCGGAUCGCUCGAUAUCCUCAUCAACAACGCCGGGAUCAACAGAUCGUCCAACCCAAACGCUACUCUGCGCGAAACUUACCGAGAGGUUUUUGAGACCAAUGUAUUUGGCGUGGCGGUGAUGACUGCCACUUUCCUACCAUUACUACGCGCCUCAAAGUAUCAUGACCGACGUAUCGUCAACGUAACAAGCGGCCUAGGUCAGAUUGGCAUUACAUACUCGCCUACUUCAGAAUACAGUGCUAGGAUAUGGGAGCUGCCUGUCUACCGCAGUAGCAAGUCGGCGAUCAACAUGAUUAGUGCGGUUGAUGCUGUUAGACUCGAAAAGGAAAAUAUUCUCUCUGUUCUAGCUGCUCCGGGCUUCUGUCGCACCAACUUCGGGGGCGGCCAAGGUGUCAAAUCAGCAGAGGAUGGUGCUAGGCCUAUUGUGAGGGCUGCUACUGAGGGGACCCCAAAGGAGCUCUUUGGGAAGCUUGUGGAUGAUGAGAACACGUUGGUUGAGUUUGGCUGGUAG